CUUGUCAAGAACAUUAUUAUAAACUACGAAUGUCAGAUUUGUUCCCAACAGCGGUGUCCCAAACUGACGGGUCAUUAUUUUGCGCCAAACAUAACGAUUUGAAUGACUGAUGGUGAUGUGAAUGUUGUUUUGAACUUUUGGUAUACAUGUAAACCCUCUGUGGGAUUACUUUGCAUGCUGUGACAGAGGUUUUCCAGAAUAUUCACUAGAUACCUAACCUAUACUGUACAAUAUAAACAGGCACCAUAUCUCACUCGGCAAACACGGGUUGUAAAUAGACAGCCCGGAUAGACAGUCUACAUUCUUUCGCAUAAUUAUACUGAAAAGAACUGCGGCCGGCAACAACAAAAUUGAUUCAUUAUAACAUGGCUGGGAAUGCUUCGUCAAUACCACCUCUGGUAACCACAAAAUGGUUAAGCGAUGUACUACGUGAACAACAAUUCUCUUCGUCGUCGUCGUCAUCGUGCUCGGUUCGUGUACUUGAUGCGACAUGGCUAGGGAUUGUGACAGAGGGUCCAGAUGCUUUCCGAGUUGAGCACAUUCCCGGAUCUGUUCACUUUGAUCUCAACCAAUGCAGAGAUAAAUCUUCCCGCUUUUACUUUACACUUCCAUCUGCCGAAGAGUUUGCAAAGUACGUAGGCGAGCUAGGUAUCGACAACGAGACCCACGUGAUCGUAUACGAGAAUGAUCCAAUAUUCAGGAUGAUGUCGGCACCUAGGACAUGGUGGAUGUUCAGAACGUUUGGUCAUGACAAGAUCUCAAUACUGGACGGAGGUUUGAAACAGUGGAAGGAGGAUGGUUUCGCGGUCGAGGGCGGGAGCCAGACGGUUGACCAGCGGACCUUCAUGGCCAAGCCACCCAACCCACGCCUCAUCAAGCAUUUCGACGAGGUUUUAGAUAACCAGAAGACCGAGGAGUUUAGUUUGAUUGACAGCAGGUUACCAGAAUGGUUCGACGGGAGUAUGGAUUCUAUUUGGCCUGACUUGCCAUUGGGGUACAUCCUUAAGUCGGUCAACGUUCCUUUUGGUCGAUUGGUCCGUAGUGAUAGCGAUCGCAUGGUAGCGCGGGAAGAUAUCCUUCAACUUUUUCAAUCGGCGGGUAUCGAUCUCUCACGUCCUCUCGUCAGCUCAUGUUUUGUCGGCAUCAGCGCAUGCACAGUCGCUCUCGCUGCCUACGUGGUCGGGAAGGAGGACGUUGCGAUCUACGACGGAUCGUGGGAUGAGUUUUGCAAACGAGCACCAAAGGACUCGCAUGUCAUCGUUCCCGAUCCUCCAAAAUAAAAAAAGAUAGGGGGAGUUGGGCUUAAAGAAAUUGUGAACAUGAUAAAAAUGCCGGGUUAAAUUCUUCUUCAAAACCUGAAGAUGAGCUGUCAAUUGAAACAAUUAUUUUCUUUUCGCAAAAAGUACGCAAUUAAAUUUACCAUUUCCCACACGAUAGGCUUAAUUGACAGUCAAAGUACUGUAUAAAAUGGAUUAGAAUAGCUUUUUAUACAGUAUUGAUCUUGAUUGAUCAUUUGCAAUUUUCAUUCACUUUUGAUAACCAAUUUCAUUAUCUUGAUGACACGUGUACACAAGCCCCCCCCCCCCCCAUCCAAUCACUAAAAAGGACCCAAACUUAAAUAUUAACUAUACAAGUCAAUGGGUCAUAUUCAUCAUGAUAUGAGUUUUAUGGUUAUAAAAAUAAUAUAAAUAUCAGAAUAUGACGGGCAGUUCCCCUUCCCUAAGUAAUCAUUGAACUCAAGAUAAAACCCAUAUGUCUGCAAAAUAAUCAAAAUCCAAUUUCAGAUAUGCACAAAUAUCUGCUUUAUUGCUUUUUCCCCUCACUUGUAUAUGUUCUUGAAUGAUUCAUAUCUUCUUGCCCUUCUCCCUCCAAGAAAAAUUAUUAUUCUGAGUGUAGCCUUGAUUGUUGCAACUUUUGGCAUUUGAAAGGAGAGAUUGACCCCAAUAUGAUAUCAGACCUCGUAUUUUUUUUGUAAAUAUAACCUCUGAACGAUCAUUUUUUUUCUUGUGAGAGUACAAGAAAACUUUCAUAAAGUUGACCAUAUACCAAAUACUCUAUUCAUAUAAAGGGUGGACAUUUCACAAGGGUAAUUGUUAUUUUGUGUUGACCCUCAUUCCAAAAAAAAUCUCCUGUACACUGAUAGAAAAUUUAUGCUUAAAAUAAAAGAAGUUCCUGCAGCAGAAUCUCGAGAACACCUGUAAUCUUACCAGAUUGCGUAAUCUUACAUUAUAUCAUGUAAAAUUACAGGAAAUUGGUAUUUGGUGUAUGGAACCUUACAAAUUUCCUUAAAUAAAACACCCUUUUCCCCUUUUAAACAGACCUGUUCUGUUAAAUUGCAGAAAACUUCCUGUUUUAUGAAUUUAGAGAAUGAUUCUGUUAUUGCUUUCUGCAAAAUUUUGUUUUUCUGAAAAAUCAGGGUUUUUUUUAACAGUGUAUUUUUGUAAACAGAUUAUCAUUUAUUGUGAUUCCCCAUUCAAUUAUAUGAUUGUAUAUUGUAUUAAUGUAUGGGGAGGGGGUGGGGUGAAGUAAAUAUAAAAAAGUACAUGGAUGUUAAACGUCUUAGAAUAUGCUAUUUCAAAAGCUUUUCAUGACUCAAUAUCAAUUUGAAACUAACUAUACUCCCAACAACUCGAUUAGAAUGUGAAAUACCAAGUUUGCAGACAUGUGGUUUUCAUAUUAAAGUUCCCUUGCUCUGCUGUGCAGCUGAGAAACUACUUCUAUUGUAAAAGCAAAUGGUAAAUGCAUGGUAGAACAUGGGAGUUAUGAAUAACACAAAUAUCAGUGGUAAAUUACACCAUGGAAAUGAACAUAACACUAUGCACACAAAAUGUAUUAUAACAAAGGAUAUUGAUCACAAUAGAUUUCACCCUUGCAUAAAUUACACUGAUGGUCCUCUUUGUACACCACAGGUGGCGUAGUGUUAACCCCCCUCCCCGAUUUAAACAGUGUACGGUCUCUGUAGACAGGUGGGGCGCUAUGGCUGCUUUGGCUGUACAUUUGUAAUAAUAAAAAAUAAGAAACAAGGUGAUCUCCAGAAAUACUUUAUAUAUUUAUUACUCCAUAAAUUCAUUUGGUUUCUUUUAGUAGACAUUGUGAUAUGCUAUAUGUGUGCUUUAUAUAUACAAAAUAUUUACAACUUGAUAUUCCAUUUAUAUUCAGUCAUAUCAUAUUCAUGUAAAGUACAUCAUCAUAGUCUUAUUUAUUCAAACCAUAGCUAUACACUUGUAAUUUGUGAAAUCAACAAAUCCCCAAAACAAUAUACUUCAAUAUUUCAAAUAAAUGUGUUAAGAUCCACUUCCUUAUAAAACCAUACUUUAGCAUAUAGGUCCACGAUAACAGUAUGACAUUGAUAAGUUCUCUCUCCUUUAAAACCACCCUGUUUUCUGGAUAAAAGACAGGUAUUCCUCUAAUAAAGAUAGACUACCGUAUCAGAUAAUUUUCGUCACUUGAUAAAGAGUUGCAGCGGCACUCGAAAGCUCGUUAACUUGUAAGCUAGUGAACACUUUUUGCGAGAGUAAUCACAAAUUUCCUAGAAAGCUAGUGAACACUUUUUGCGAGAGUGAUCACAAAUUUCCUUGUUGACCAUAGUAGAUUGCAAGACAAAACAAAUGAAUGCCCUCUAGCGAUUAAACAUAUGUUGUUGUAAAUAAAACAGAUAUAUUAUUUGAA